UAUCAGCAAAAUAUUAAGCAACAAUAUACAUCGUUUUAUCUGUUUGUAGCUAUGCUAUGGGCUUUGUAUUCAAUGUGAAUUUAAUAAGUUGUGUGGGCUUAAACAUGCAACAUAAUUGAGCUAUAUACAAGAUUUUAAUAAAGAACAUGGGCAAUACAUAUUAACUACAAAACGGUGUGUGUUUUCAUAAAUACUCAUGUUUGCAGGAAUGGGAUCAUAAUAAUAGAGAAAACAAAGCACUUUAAACUCAAGGACAGUUCACAAUUUAUAUCACAAAAUGACGGCAUCUCUCGAUUCAGGUCUCAACAGUUCAGAUUUAGUGAAGGACUAUUUUUGUGGAGGUUGCGAAAGCAGACAAAUUUAUGAAAGUGCUGAUUAUUUUUGUGCAACAUGUACGAGGUUUUUCUGCAGAAAAUGCAUUAAUCCUCAUGAUAAACCAUACGCAAACCAUUCCAAAUAUGAGGGAGGAGACACAAACAAAUGGCCACUAACAAAGACAAUGGAGGAUUUACUUCUGAAAUGUGAUGUUCACAAGGACGAGAAACUGAGGAUGUUUUGUCAGGACCACAGUAAGCUGUGUUGCACUGAUUGUGCUUUUUUGUGUCACAGACAGUGCACAAACAUGGCUUUAAUUUCUGAGUCAGCCAAAAACCUGACAAUGGAUAUGCAACAGUUGUCGAACAAUCUUCAAACUAUUGUUGGUGAACUAAAUAAGUUUAAGAGUAAACAAGAGGCCAGCAUUCAGUCCGUUGAGGUAUCAUGUAAUGAAAAACUGCAAGAAAUCAAAGACCUUCGAAAGACAUUAAAUACUGCUUCGGAUGCACUAGAAAAUACAACAUUGAAAGAAUUGGAUGAAAUUUGGACCACAAUGCUAACCUCUCUCAAGAAAGAUGUUAACAACUGCAUCAAACUGGAGGAUGAUUUAUAAACACUCAGUGAAGCUGUAAAUGGCCUUUGUGAUAAGAACAAGAAAGAAAUAGAGUUCAUAGCCAGCAGGAAGUGUCUGGACAAAAUACAAGAGUCUGAGUCAUAUCUGAAGGAGAACCCUGUAAAGGUGCAGAGUUUUAUAUUCCAUGCAAAUGCUGACAUUGAGCAGUACCUAUCUAAACAGUCUAGUCUAUGGAAGAUUGUAGACAGUAUCCAGUCUCUUAGACACAAGAUGAAUCCAAACCAGCAGUUAACUGUGCGGAGGAAAUCCAAGUACAUUGUGAAAAUGUCAAGUGACACAAGUCAGACUGUCAGCAUCGUUGGCAUGCCUAGUGACAAGGUCAUUGUUUCAGAUUCCCAAAAUAAUAAAGUGAAGCUGUUGGACCAGCAUUACAAUGUGUCCAGUCACUGUGAUGUGUCUGGUUCUCAGGAAAUUUGCCAAAUUACAUCUAGUGAGGUGGCUGUAACUUUCAAUAAAGAUGUUAAGUUUA